AUGGGAAGUAAUGGUAUCAACUCUUCGACAGACGCCUAUCGUGUUCUAGAGGCACCGAUUGGUCAGGCACGUCACCUUCGGAUUAUUACGGUUGGUGCUGGUGCAGCAGGGUUGAACUUUGCUCAUCAGAUCAAUCGACACAUGCAAAAUAUUACUCACGUCGUCUAUGAAAAGAAUCCUGAGGUUGGAGGGACAUGGUACGAAAAUCGGUAUCCAGGAUGUGCAUGCGACAUCCCAUCGCACAGUUAUCAAUUCACUUGGGAACCAAAUCCACACUGGAAUAAAUUCUACUCCACGGCACCAGAGAUUCUCCAGUACUUCAUCGGUAUUGCGAAGAAAUAUGAUCUAUAUAAGUUCAUCAAGCUAAAUCAUCAGGUUGUCCGUGCUGAAUGGCAGGAGUCCGAGGGAAUCUGGCGACUUGGCAUCAAGGACUUGAAAAGUGGUAUUAUCAUUGAGGAUUGGUGCGAUUUCAUGAUUAGCGGCUCUGGAAUUCUGAACAAUUGGAAGUGGCCUAAUAUUCCUGGAUUGCAAUCGUUCAAAGGAGAACGGCUGCACAGUGCCGCUUGGGAUGCUGAAGCCAUUUGGUCAGCCAAAACCGUUGCCGUCAUUGGGAAUGGCUCUUCUGGUGUGCAGAUUGUUCCAACGAUUCAACCAGACGUGAAGGAGCUCAUUACCUUUCUGCGAUCCCCUACUUGGAUCACAGCCGGCUUUGCUCAGAGUAAAGCCGGCCCAAAUGGAGCCAACUUUAACUUUUCCGAUGAAAGAAAAAGAGAAUUCGAGGAAAACCCGGGGAUAUACCUAAAGUACCGCAAAGAGAUUGAGAACGAGCUCAAUACGAGAUUCAAAUUUAUUCUUAAAGAUAGCCAGGAGCAGGCAGACGCUGUCAAAUUCUCCACGAAGGAUGUGAAGGCGAAACUAGGGGAGAAAAACCCUUUGUUGAAGUACUUCUUGCCUGAUUUCAGUGUUGGGUGCCGACGAACGACACCUGGAAAUGGGUAUCUUGAAGCCCUGACCGAAAGGAAUGUGCGGGCUAUCACCGAAUCCAUUACUGAGAUUGUCCCAGAGGGCAUCAAGGUCGACAGUGGUGAAAUUGUAAAAGUCGAUAUGCUUGUAUGCGCCACAGGUUUUGAUGUCUCCUUCUGCCCCCGGUACCCUGUCAUCGGCCAAAACGGCAUUUUACUUAGCCAGCAGUGGAAAGUAAAACCAGAAGCCUAUCUCACUAUGGCGGUCCCGAAUUUCCCAAAUCAUUUCAUGUUUUUGGGACCAAAUGCCCCCAUUGGCCAUGGCUCUGUUCUUCCGAUACUUGAGCACUCUGCUAAAUAUAUACUCCGGAUGAUACACAAGUGCCAAACUGAAAGGAUCAAAUCGGUUGUGGCCAAAUGGGAUGCUGUUGCUGACUUCGUUGAGCAUAUAAACACAUUCAUGACACGUACAGCAUGGAGCACUCAUUGUAGAUCAUGGUUUAAAAAUGGGAAAAUCGAUGGCCCAAUUACGGCUUUACACCCAGGCAGCAGAAUCCAUUGGUUCCAUAUGCUGGAUCAACCACGUUUUGAGGACUACAAAUGGACAACCUCUGACAAAAAUCGAUUCGCCUUCUUAGGAAAUGGAUUCUCAACUAGAGAGGGGGAAGGUCGAGACUUGGCAUACUACUUUGAUAACCCGGACGCAGGGUUUGAGUCGAUCAGAUAUUAA